UAGGUACUCAACAAAUGUCGCGCCGGAGCCGCCCCAAUAAAAACUGGCGGACUUUUAGACAUCUCGGUACUUAUCUUUCUUGAGAGCUCUUUAAGAAUUUCUAAAAGACAUCAAAAAGAUGCCUUUUAUACAACUCACUGAAAUUUGGAAUAGCUUAUUACCUAUCUUUCGGAAGACUACUUUAAGAUUUUCUACUUUAAGUCUUCAAAUUCAUAGCUUUUCAAAAAAGUCUUUCGCUCUUUAUAGAAUGGUGGCGCCCCGCAUAGAAAUAAUUUUUUUUUAUCUCUUAUUUCAUUUUUGUUCUUCCUUAUCGGCCCUCGCGCGGCCCGUCGGUCGGUCAGUGACGUCAGUCGUCAACUCGUCACCGACUCACCGCCAGUUCGGCUUCGGUGUUUGAUGGUUAUUUAUACAUGCCGUUGAUGGUCGUCUUUUCCUUCGAAAAUGGAUUCGGAGGAAAUUAAACUUCGACGUAAAAGUUCAUCGUCAGAUAACGACGACGUCAAAAGUAAGCGAGACAAGAAGAGUAAAGUUAAACGAGAUAGAUCUAGAGACAAGGAUCGGAGCAAAUCCAGGAGCAGAAAUAGGGAAAGAUCCAGGAGCAAAAAUAGAGACAGAUCUAAGAGCAAAAACAGGGAAAGAUCCAGGAGCAAAAAUAGAGACAGAUCUAAGAGCAAAAACAGGGAAAGAUCCAGGAGCAGAAAUAGAGAAAGAUCCAAGAGCAGAAAUAGGGAUAGAUCCAGGAGCAGAAAUAGAGAAAGAUCUAGGAGCAGGCACAGAGAAAGAUCCAGGAGUAAGAAUCGGGAUAGGUCAAUAGGCAGGUAUCGGGACAGAUCCAGAAGCAGGGAUAGAAAAAGAACAAGAAGCAGAAAUCGGAACCAAUCCAGAAGCAGAGAUUACAAAAGAUCUCGUGAUGAUGAUAAGUCUCACAAGUAUGAAUCCUAUUGGAGCAAGGAAAAAGAAUUGGAAAAAAGUGAAAGCAGGCAUGGAGAAGUAAGCAGUUCUUAUUAUGGUACAGAGUUAAAAAAGAGUGACAGCUCUAAUGGCCAAAGUAUAAAAAGAAACAAUGACAAGGACGAAGAAAAGGAAAAAGUUGAAGAGAAGCCUGAAAAUCCACAAGUCAUUCCUGCCAGGCAGAAAAAAACAGUAGAUCUACUCACUUCGAAAACUGGAGGUGCUUACAUUCCCCCAGCCAGAUUACGAUUGAUGCAAGCAGAGAUAAGCGACAAGAGCGGCCCCGCAUAUCAACGUAUUGCCUGGGAGGCUUUGAAAAAAUCAAUUCACGGUUUUAUUAAUAAAGUUAAUACUAGUAAUAUUGGACCAAUAACCAGAGAUCUUUUAAAAGAAAAUAUUGUCAGAGGAAGGGGAUUGUUAGCAAGAUCCAUUAUUCAAGCACAAGCAGCUUCUCUUACAUUCACCAAUGUUUAUGCCGCAUUGGUGGCUGUCAUAAAUUCUCAGUUUCCAAACAUCGGGGAAUUAUUGUUAACACGUCUGGCUCUGCAGUUUAGACGUGCUUACAAGAGGAAUGAUAAGACUAUGUGCAUUUCAUCAGCGAUUUUUAUAGCCCACCUUGUCAAUCAAGGGGUUGCUCAUGAGAUCCUCAUUCUCGAAAUUUUGACCUUAUUGGUACACAAUCCUACCGAUGACUCAAUAGAAGUAGCGAUUGCAGUUCUAAAAGAAUGUGGCAUGAAGUUGACCCAAGUAUGUCGUAAAGGAAUUGAAGCCAUCUUCGAAAUGCUGAGAAAUAUUCUUCACGAGGGGAACCUUGAUAAAAGGGUGCAAUACAUGAUUGAAGUUAUGUUUCAAAUUCGUAAAGAUGGCUUUAAGGACUUUGAAUCUGUUCCCAAGGAUCUUGAUCUAGUAGAAGAAGAAGAUCAAUUGACUCACUUGAUAGAGUUGGACCAACCACUAGAUGAUCAGAAUAUUUUGAAUGCAUUUAAAUUUGAUCCUGAAUACACCGCAAACGAAGACAAAUAUAAAGAAUUAACCAAGGUGAUACUCAAUUCUGAUGAGAGCGGUUCUGAUGACGAAGAAGGUAGUGAUGACGGUGAUGACGAUGAAGAUUCCGAUAAAGAUAGUGAAUCUGAUAAAGUAGCGGACAAUGGUGUUAUUGUUGACAACACUGAAACAAAUCUGGUAGCGCUUCGGAGGACGAUUUAUUUGACAAUCCACUCUUCUCUGGACUUUGAAGAAUGCGCGCAUAAGCUAAUGAAGAUGCAGCUAAAACCAGGGCAAGAAAUUGAACUGUGCAACAUGUUUUUGGAUUGUUGCGCAGAGAUGAGAACUUAUGAAAAGUUCUUUGGCUUAUUAGCAGGGAGAUUCUGUGCUAUCAACAAAAUUUAUGUCCAACCAUUUGAGACAAUUUUCAAGGAUUCAUAUGAUACAAUACACCGGUUGGACACAAAUCGAUUGAGAAAUGUAGCAAAGUUUUUUGCCCACCUACUAAUGACAGAUUCGAUUUCGUGGGCAGUGUUGUCCAACAUCAAACUCAAUGAAGAGGAUACCACCUCUUCGAGUAGAGUAUUUAUUAAGAUACUCUUUCAGGAACUGUCAGAGUACAUGGGACUUCCUAAAUUGAAUAAGAAAUUGAAGGAUGAAGACCUUCAAGAAUCUUUAAAUGGUCUAUUCCCAAAAGACGAGGCCAAAAAUACGCGCUUUGCUAUUAAUUUCUUCACAUCCAUAGGACUUGGAGGGUUAACGGAUGACUUACGUGAGCAUCUUAAAAAUCGGCCGAAACCCGUUGCUACUGAACCUAUUCUUAGUAUCAAAAAAGAGAAAUCAUCCUCAUCCGCCGGAACGUCAUCGUCUUCGUCAUCAUCGUCGUCGUCGUCUUCGUCGUCUUCGUCGUCAUCAUCAACAGAGUCUUCUUCCUCAUCAGAUUCUUCUGAAGAUGAAAGACGAAGAAGAAAGAAGAAAAAGAAGAAGCUAGUAAAUAAGAAAAAAACCGUCAAGCGUCGGGAAGAAAAGGACAAGAUGGAAAAGAAGGAAAAGAAAGAAAAGAAGGAUAAGAAAGAAAAAAAGGAUAAAAAAGAAAAGAAGGAGAAAAAGACACAAAGAAAAUAAGAACAUUUGUAAAUAUACAGGAAAUAAGUUGUAAUAUAAUGUAUUUUAUAAGAAUUGAUAAAAAAAAUGUCUUGAAUAGCUCGUGA